GGCGAUGGAGGCGGCGGAACUACCUUUCCCUGGAAGAGACACGUACAUGCACACCCCCACCGUGUAGCUUGCCGGGAAACUGAGUCUUCCUGAUUCCGUGUAGCUGUCUCCAGGGAUCGAACAAACUACGCAUCCCAAGAUGCAUCGCGCAUAGCCAAUACUGUCCCGCUAUUUUACCCGUUUCCUACCUGGGAAAUGGAGUCGAAGUUGACUCAAAACGUAACGGCCCAAUUGUCCUUGAGACUUCAUUCCCCGGCAAGCUCAGCGUGUAACGUGCGCCAUGGAGCCGAAAGUCGCAGCGCUGAAGCAGAAGAUCGAGGACACGCUAUGUCCUUUUGGCUUCGAGGUUUACCCCUUCCAGGUGGCAUGGUACAAUGAACUCUUGCCUCCAGCCUUCCACCUACUGCUGCCAGGACCUACCCUGGCCUUCCUGGUACUCAGCACACCUGCCAUGUUUGACCAGGCCCUCAAGCCCUUCUUGCAGAGCUGCCACCUCCGAAUGCUGACCGACCCAGUGGACCAGUGUGUGGCCUACCAUCUGGGCCGUGUUAGAGAGAGCCUCCCAGAGCUGCAGAUAGAAGUCAUUGCUGACUACGAAGUGCACCCCAACCGACGCCCCAAGAUCCUGGCCCAGACAGCAGCCCAUGUGGCAGGGGCUGCUUACUACUACCAACGACAAGAUGUGGAGGCUGACCCAUGGGGGAACCAGCACAUAUCAGGUGUGUGCAUACACCCCCGAUUUGGGGGCUGGUUUGCCAUCCGAGGGGUAGUGCUGCUGCCAGGGAUAGAGGUGCCAGAUCUGCCACCCAGAAAACCUCAUGACUGUGUACCUACAAGAGCUGCCCGUAUCGCCCUACUCGAAGGCUUCAAUUUCCACUGGAGAGACUGGACUUACCGGGAUGCUGUGACACCCCAGGAGCGCUACUCAGAAGAGCAGAAGGCGUACUUCUCCACUCCGCCUGCCCAACGAUUGGCCCUGCUGGGCUUGGUUCAGCCCUCAGAGAAGCCUAGUUCUCCCUCCCCAGACUUUCCUUUUACCACACACACCCCCAAGAAGCCUGGGAAUCCCAGCAGAGCCCGGAGCUGGCUCAGCCCCAGGGUCUCACCACCUGCAUCCCCUGGCCCUUGAUACCUUUCUCCCAUGUAGACCCUGAUUUAUGGAGGUACUUGCUAGGAUUUAAUUGGCUUUGGCAAAGGAAAAGGUUCUGAGUACAAGAUUACUAUUUUUAAUAAUACCGUAGAGAUCUUCCAUGAAGGUAACAAGGCUCAAGGAAGUUAAGUUUGGCCAAGAUAAAGGCCAGGAAACCAGAAUUCCCAUCUGCCUUCAAAUGCAAUUUUUUUUUUUUUUUAAAAGACAGUCUCACUCUUGUCACCUAGGCUGGAGUGCAGUGGCGCAAUCUCCGCUCACUGCAACCUCCGAUUCCUGGGUUCAAGCUGAGGCAGGAGAAUCAUUUGAACCAGGGAGGCAAAGGUUGCAGUGAGCCGAGAUUGCACAGCUGCACUCUAGCCUGGGCGACGUGUGAGACUCUCUCAAAAAAAGAAAAAAGUACCUACCUCACGUAGGAACUGAAUAAACACGUGUACAGCACUUUGGAAAGUACCUGACAUACAGUAAACUGUAUGUUGGCUGUUACCAAAGGCCCUGGGAAUUCUGUACUGCUGCUCAUGGGUAUAGUCUGGGUUCUAGAGGGCUGGGCAGGUUGGAGUAGCUGAGGAAGACAAGUGGCUGGAAUGGUAUCACAUGACACACAGAAGUAUCCUCAGUUCUCAAUCUACCCUGGCCUCAAGGGCCCAGAAUAAGUUUUCCCAGCUGACAACCUCUCUAAGGACAAUGACAUAUGAAUGAGGAUCAAAACGAGCUCUGGCCAGGCACUGUGGCUCUCACCUCUAAUCCCACCAUUUUGGGAGGCUGAGGCGGAGGACCACUUGAGGCGAGGAGUUCAGAACCAGUCUGGGCAACAUAGUGACACUAAAAAAGACUAUCUCUAAUCAAGGCUAGAACCCAGGGAAGGCUAAGAAUUGCCCAGUACUGUACAACUACUGAAAGCCCUACCCAAGGCCACCAGCCCUUUGUCUUCCUCUUUCUGCCAGUUCAAAAGAAACAGAAACCUCCAACUCUCUUACAUAGCAGGUACCAGGCAUUUAUCAGAAGAGGCCAAGUUUCUGGUUCCCAUGCAGCCCUUUGAAUAGUGUGUCCAAGUAAAAAUAGGUGUCCAAGUAGUCACACCGAGACUAACUGGCAACCCAGCCUGUGGCAUAAGUCGCCAUGCUCCAGUCAACACUAUAGCAGGGCUUAUUCUUCUCCCUCAUGUGUAGUGAAACAAAAUGUUAACACCUUGGGUUCAUUCAGUUCCAUUCCCUGUGUCUACCUGUGUCAAUAUAAUCCCGAUUUGGAGGCAGCUCUCAUUUUCCCCUAAACAGGGAAAGCAGAGUAAAUUCCUCUUAAAAUCAAAAGCUAGUAAUAUACCUCCUAAAAUAAAGACUCAUCAAGGUAUCAGUUCAGGUUUAA